AUGACCUCGUUUUCCGACAGUGUCAGAGUGUCCACUGCUGUGACCUGCUGGGUUCCGGAUGGUUACUAUGUGCCGCCGUAUUAUCCUGCGCCAUAUGGUGGAUGGGUGGAUGAAUGGCGACAGAGCUAUGCUAAGGCCAAGGCUCUGGUCGACUCUAUGACUCUGGCAGAGAAGACGAAUAUCACUGCAGGAACAGGAAUUUACAUGGGUGAGCGAUGUGCCGGAAACACAGGCUCUGCACUUCGAGUUGGCAUCCCUCAGCUGUGUCUUAAUGACAGCCCUGCCGGUGUCCGCCAUGCGGAUAACGUUACAGCUUUCCCUGACGGAAUCACAGUUGGCGCAACUUUUGAUAAGACGCUCAUGUACCAGCGCGGCGUGGCCAUCGGGAAGGAGAAUCGCGGGAAGGGUGUCAAUGUCUGGCUAGGACCAACAGUUGGGCCGAUAGGACGCAAGCCAAAGGGUGGCCGCAACUGGGAGGGCUUUGGUGCUGAUCCUGUACUCCAAGCUGUGGGCGCCAGAGAGACGAUCAAGGGCGUCCAGGAGCAAGGUGUCAUUGCGACAAUCAAGCACUUUAUUGCGAAUGAGCAAGAGAUGUACCGCAUGUACAAUCCUUUUCAAUAUGCUUACAGUUCAAAUCUCGAUGAUAGGACGAUGCAUGAAGUAUAUGCCUGGCCAUUCGCUGAAGGCAUUCAUGCGGGCGUCGGCUCUGUCAUGAUGGCAUAUAACGCUGUAAACGGAACUGCGUGUACUCAGCAUCCUUAUCUUAUGAACGCCCUCCUCAAGGAUGAAAUGGGCUUCCAGGGUUUCAUCAUGACCGAUUGGCUAGCUCACAUGUCCGGUGUUGCCUCUGCUAUUGCUGGCUUGGAUAUGGACAUGCCUGGCGACGUUCAGAUUCCAUUCUUCGGUAAUUCAUACUGGAUGUAUGAGCUCAGUCGGUCCGCUCUCAACGGGUCAGUCCCCAUGGAUCGUAUCAACGACGCAGCUACACGAAUUUUGGCCGCAUGGUAUAAGAUGGGCCAGGAUCAGGGAUUCCCAGCGACCAACUUUGACACCAAUUCUGGUGCUGCAGUUAAUCAAUUGUAUCCUGCCGCGUGGCCAUUCUCGCCGUCAGGAGUCACAAACGAGUUUGUUCAGGUUCAGGCCGACCACGACGUGGUUGCUCGCCAGAUUUCUCAGGAUGCUAUUACCAUGCUGAAGAACGAUGGCGGCAUUCUUCCUCUAUCCCCGUCACAGCACAUCAAAGUCUUCGGAACCGACGCCCAGAAGAAUUCGGAUGGAAUCAAUUCAUGCACAGAUCGCAACUGCAACAAGGGCACCCUCGGACAGGGCUGGGGUUCAGGGACUGUUGAUUACCCAUAUCUGGAUGAUCCCAUUACAGCUAUCACCGCAGCGGCCAGCAACGUCACCUUUUACAAUACCGACAGCGUUCCCUCCAUCGGCCAAGUAUCAGCUAGUGAUAUCGCUAUUGUAUUUAUCAGUUCGGACGCCGGCGAGAACACUUACACUGUUGAAGGCAAUCAUGGCGACCGCGAUGCCUCCGGUUUAUAUGCAUGGCACAACGGCGAUCAGCUCGUUCAAGAUGCCGCCAGCAAAUUCAGCAACGUCAUUGUGGUGAUACACACCGUCGGUCCCCUGAUUCUUGAGAAUUGGAUUGAUCUACCAUCCGUCAAGGCCGUCCUCAUUGCGCAUCUGCCUGGCCAGGAAGCUGGAACCUCACUUACAAACGUCCUCUAUGGACACUCUUCGCCAUGUGGACAUUUGCCUUAUUCAAUCACAAAACAGGAAGCUGAUUUCCCAAGCAGCGUCACGACGCUCAUCAACUCCGAGUUCCUCAACCAGCCUCAGGACACAUACACUGAAGGUUUGUAUAUCGACUACCGCUGGCUCAACAAGAAUAACACCAAACCUCGAUACGCUUUUGGCCACGGCCUGAGCUACACAAACUUUACAUUUACAGCAGCGUCGAUUAAAAAGAUCACUCAGCUAAGCUCGUAUCCCCCCAGUCGUUCCGCAAAGAGCGGCAUUCCCAACUUUUCGCAAGCCACUCCAUCUGCCAACGAAGCCGUCGCACCCUCCGGCUUCAACUCAAUCCCGCGCUACAUCUACUCUUGGCUUUCACAGGGCGACGCCAACGGUGCCGUCUCAGACGGGAAAUCGGGCAAAUAUGCAUACCCCGACGGCUAUUCCACUACCCAGAAACCCGGUCCUCGCUCCGGUGGCGGCGAGGGAGGCAACCCUGCGCUCUGGGACAUUGCGUAUAACCUCACAGUGACGGUGCGGAACACGGGGGAUGAGUUUGCAGGCAAGGCCUCCGUGCAGGCGUAUCUACAGUUCCCGGAUAAUAUCAGCUAUGAUACGCCGAUUAUCCAGCUUCGUGACUUCGAGAAGACGGAGGAGCUGGCACCGGGGGAGACGGCGACGGUGACAUUAACGCUUACGCGCAAGGAUGUUAGUGUGUGGGAUGUGGUGGCACAGGACUGGAAAGUGCCUGCGGUUGAUGGAGGAUAUAAAGUAUGGAUUGGAGAUGCCAGUGAUUCCUUGAGUAUAGUAUGUCAUACAGAUACGCUCAAGUGCGAGACUGGUGUUAGUGGACCAGUGUAG